GUGCAGGUGAGUGGACAGCCUCUGCAGUGUUUGUGUUGCUGGUCAGCCGGGCUCGGACUAGCAGCAGAACGGACGGCGCUCGUAAAAAAGACUUAAGUCGGCUCGUAAGUUUGGAUCGCUCCUGAGCGCCGGCGGUGUUGUUCCUGUUUGGGUUGAGGCGUGCACGUAAAAUGGCGCUGGCUGAGUCAUCUACGGGGGGAACAUGGACGCCGCCGCCUGGCUUAAGGUCUGGUAAUUGGAGAAAAGCAGACAGGUGGCAUGGACACACUUCCUCCGUGUUUGGUGUGAUGCUGGCUCUCUGCUGAGCGUGCUCAAUCCCUCAACCGUAACCUGCGCUGCUCUAUGACUGACCUGCUGUCAGAGCGCCGCCAUGAUGUCAGUGGACGUGACAAACUGUAACGCCCCCCCCGCCAAGCCCCCCUCCUCCCUCAGCCUACGCUCCUCCCACAACCAGGACGUCCUCAAACAGCAGGACUCCUCCACGCCCCCCAAGUGUCGCAAAAAGUACGCGCUCACCAGCAUCCAGGCCGCCAUGGGGCUGGGGGAAGCGGCGCCGCCUUCCACGUCGCCCGCCGCCUCCCCGCCGUCCUCGCCCUCCCCGCCCUCCACGCCCAACAACCUCAAGCUGGCCAAGAACGGGAUGAACCAGCUCCGCAAAGCCGGGCAGGAUCACAAUAAAAACCCCACGGACGUCAGCGAGGACGAGUGUGACUGUGAGAGUGCCACGGACGAGGGGGAGGAGCCUGACGCGCACACCCGGGCGGACGUGGCGCCCAAUCCCAACGCCAACACCGACCCGGAGUCAAAAAGUAGCAUCGAGGAUCUCAAACUCAACGGCAACUCUGCAGACUUUGUAAGCGACUUCAACAUGGAGGUGGGACAAAGCCAGAAGGAAGUCAUGUCGCUGACCAAGACCGAGGAGGACCAGGGUCGCCAAGACCAGGAGAAGAAACCCUCGCUUCUAAUCCAGAGCGAGUCUCCGGCCUCCACCGAGGAGCGCCAGACUUUGGGCAAGGACUCCCAGGUGCCGCCCCCGCCGUCCCCGCCCAGGCGGGUCAGCCCGGACGACGCCGCCCUGCUCUCCGCCUCCUCCGCCUCCUCGUCCCCGGAGACCAAGAAGGACCGGCGGUCCGGUCCCAAGACGGACUGCGCCCUCAACCGGAUCCAGAACUUGAACCCGAGUGACGAAGAACUGAGUUGGACCACCUUGUCCCAGGAGAGCAACUCCCCCGAGGAGAGCGACAUCUGGAACGAGCAAUCCUUCCAGACGGACCCGGACUUGCCUCCCGGCUGGAAGAAGAUCACGGACAUGGCGGGCAUCUACUACUGGCACAUCCCCACCGGCGCCACCCAGUGGGAGAGGCCCGCCGCCCCCGGGGAGACGACCCUGCAGGCGGGUGAGCACACGGGCGCUCUAUCUCCACGGAAACAGUCGCUGGGAUCCCUCAGCCCCUCCCCCACUCUUGACCAGGAGUCGUGUCAGGCCGAGGUCUUCUUCAGAGGCUCCACUCGCUCCGGCAGCACCACCUCCGACAGCUCUGUGGAACCUCUCCUCGAACACACCCUGCCCACGUGUGGAUUUGUCAACAGCUGCUACUUUCCCCGGUCCACAUCACUGCAGGGCAUGUCGGAGCAGGACUGUGCGCCCCAGCUUCAGUCCGACAAAGACAAGACUCAGGCCCGCCGUGAUUUUGGCGGAAAGAUUGAUAGCGAGGUGUGGAAGGACUUGCAGGCGGCCACGGUGAACCCUGACCCCAGUUUGAAGGAGUUUGAGGGCGCAACGCUUCGCUACGCCUCGCUGAAGUUAAGAAACCGUCCGGCUGCGGAAGAAGAGGACUCCGGCAGCACCAACGGUGACCCUCAGUCCAAGUGCUUUGCGGUGCGCUCCCUGGGGUGGGUGGAGAUGGCGGAGGACGACCUGGCGCCGGGGAAGAGCAGCGUGGCCGUCAACAACUGCAUCCGCCAGUUGUCCUACUGCAAGAACGACAUCCGGGACACGGUCGGCAUCUGGGGGGAGGGCAAGGACAUGUUCCUGCUGCUGGAGAACAACAUGUUAAACCUGCUGGACCCCAUGGACCGCAGCGUUCUACACUCUCAGCCGAUCGCCAGCAUCCGCGUGUGGGGCGUGGGGCGAGACAACGGCAGGGAUUUUGCCUACGUGGCGCGGGAUAAAAACACCCGGAUCCUGAAAUGCCACGUGUUCCGCUGUGACACGCCGGCCAAAGCCAUCGCCACCAGCCUCCAUGAGAUCUGCUCCCGGAUCAUGACGGAACGAAAGAAUGCCAAAGCCAUGGCGGGAGGAUCUCUGCAGGACAGGAUGCAGGCGGGACUAGACCUCCCUCUGCAAGAAUUCCCCACGCCAAAGACGGAGCUGGUUCAGAGGUUCCAGGUGCUGUACCUGGGCAUGAUGCCGGUGGCCCGGCCUUUAGGUAAGCACCACAAAGAGAGACCACCACCUGGAGGAGGUAACCACAGGUCUACCCCGCCAGGCAUGGACAUCCUGAACGGAGCCAUCGACAGCUUAGUCAGUUCUUCCAUGAGAGAGGACUGGACCCCCGUGGCCCUCAAUGUGGCCGACGCCACCGUCACCAUCAGCAAGGACCAGGAGGAAGAGGAAGUGCUGGUGGAGUGUCGCGUGCGCUUCCUGUCCUUCAUGGGCGUUGGACACGACGUGCGCACCUUCGCCUUCGUCAUGGACGCCGGCGGCCAUCGCUUCGACUGCCACGUGUUCUGGUGCGAGCCCAACGCCGGGAGCGUGUCGGAGGCUGUGCAGGCCGCUUGUAUGCUGCGGUACCAGAAGUGCUUGGUGGCGCGGCCCCCCUCCCAGAAGGCGUGCGGCUCGUCGCCGCCGGGCGACUCGGUGUCCCGCCGGGUGUCGACCAGCGUCAAGCGAGGCGUCCUGUCCCUCAUCGACACCCUCAAGCAGAAGAGGCCCGUCACGGAGUUGCCGCAGUAAACCGCCAGGCUUCAAAUGCGCCCCCCCCCCAGCCCCUCCUCCUCCCACACUCGCCAUGGUAACUCCCCGCAUCGCCGUUACCGUGGACUCCUGUAACCAUGGAAACACGCAAGGUUCGGGGACGCCUACGAUCUUCCAGACUUGACCCAGUGGGCGAGCGUCCAUCAUGCCCCUCCCCCGUAGGAGCACGAGCGUGCGUCGCCGCCCCCUUUUUGCACGUGCCGCAGCAUGAUGGCGCACGCUUGGCCACACCCCCAACCCCCCCACGCUUUGAUGAAGAGACCGUAGAGUGAAGGAAGGGUGAGUGGUCCUGCAUGAAACGUUCCAAACAAUACCCCGCUGCUAGUCAAGCUUUACCUGCCUCGCCAAUGCGCCGUUUUUCUGUGAAGACGACGAGGAGGGAGGAGGGAGGAUGGAGGGGCCCCGGGCCUCCAAGGCACUGUGACACCUGGUGAUUGGUGGGACAGGAAGUAGAGUUUGACCACCCGCCUUAUGUCCACAUGAACGCGGUAGUCUUCAAAUCUAACGUCUUCCAUACUUUUCUUUUGGUCCACCAGGAGGAUCAAAGGUCAAAUGUGCCUUUUUACACACAUUCUUUUUAUUUGCAGUCUGACAAACAUUUGCGUUCAUCAAUAGAAUAGAAAGUACUUUAUUGAUUCUUGGGGGAAAUUCAGCACCACAGUUGAAUGUAUCAGAGCUAUUUAUCCAUAUGGAAUGGAGGUAAUUCUGGAACUGGCACCUAUCCAUUUUCUACCGCUUGUCCCUCUCGGGGUGGUGGGAGAACGGCCACCCAAUAUUAUUCCAAAACAAAGUAUUGAUAGUGAAAGGAGAAUGGAAUGUGGAAAGGUGUGUGGAGCACAAAGAUUCACACACACACAAAAAACAUUAAUUCAACUUUAUUUCGUAUUUUUAUGUCAAAUUCCGUUCAUUUUGGAUCAAUUGUGUAGAAAACGUUUGGAUAAAAGUAAUACUUAAACUUUGAAUGAAUUUUAUUUUAUUAUUUAGUCUUUUUGACUCGGGGGCUAAAACUAUAUAUAUAUAUAUAUAUAUAUAUAUAUAUAUAUAUAUAUAUAUAUAUACAUCCAGGUUUAUGUUGUUUAUCCGCUAUACAGUGUUCAAUACCGGGAGCGGAAUAUACAUUAGGUCAGGAAACAACACAGAGGCUAUUUCAUCCCUACAAUCCUGUUUUAUAAAAAUCCCCUGAAGAGCAGGGAAGCCUGCGAAACAGGCUUGCAGGGGUAUGAAAUAGCCUCUGUGUUGUUUGCUAAC